GGCUCCUUACAUACAAAUAUAUGCUGUCUGUCCCAAUUAGAAUUAUCGUCUUCUCUCUCAAACUACCUGAUUGCUCUUGGAACGUCUUUUUAACUCUAAGAGACCAACACCCUAAUUUGUAAUUUGUAAAUAAAUCAGAAUUCCUAGGGAUAUCCAAAUGUUCGAUAUUCGGUCGGACUGCAAUGCCACUCCGUGCUGAUCUCACUUGUCCGUUUGGGGAUUGAUCGGACUUUUCCCUUCAAUUAGCUCCUACUUUGCCAACAUCGGCUUCCAUUCUCGGUCGCCAUGUUUGAAGCUCACGUUCUACAUUUGCUUCGAAGGUAUUUGGGUGAAUAUGUACAUGGUCUCUCGGCAGAGGCUUUGAGAAUCAGCGUCUGGAAAGGUGAUGUCGUUCUUAAAGAUUUGAAAUUGAAGGCGGAGGCACUAAAUUCGCUAAAACUUCCAGUCACUGUCAAAGCUGGUUUUGUUGGCACAAUAACAUUAAAGGUUCCCUGGAAAAGUUUGGGCAAAGAACCAGUCAUUGUUCUAAUUGAUCGUGUCUUUGUGCUUGCUAAUCCUGCUUCUGAUGGCCCGACUCUCAAUGAGGAGGAUAGGGAGAAAUUAUUUGAAGCCAAACUUCAACAGAUUGAGGAAGCAGAAUCAGCAACCCUUGAAGCGAUGUCAAAGUCAAAGCAAGGAAGUCCACCUUCUGGAAAUUCAUGGCUGGGAUCUCUCAUUGCUACAAUCAUUGGGAAUCUUAAGAUAACAAUUAGCAAUGUGCAUAUUAGAUAUGAGGAUACAGUAAGCAAUCCUGGACAUCCUUUUUCUUCUGGUGUUACUUUAGCCAAGCUUGCUGCUGUUACGAUGGAUGAACAGGGGAACGAAACCUUUGAUACCGGUGGUGCCUUGGAUAAGUUGCGGAAGUCAUUGCAACUUGAGAGACUUGCUAUGUAUCAUGAUUCUGAUAGCAUCCCCUGGAAGAUAGAUAAGGGAUGGGAAGAUCUUAGUCCAAAGGAAUGGGUUGAGAUAUUUGAAGAUGGUAUAAAUGAGCGUUCUGCUGACUGUGAACCGUUGUCCAAGUGGGCUGUGGAUCGAAAAUACUUGGUCUCACCAAUAAAUGGAGUGCUAAAAUAUCACCGCCUGGGAAAUCAAGAAAAAACUGAUCCAGAGGUUCCAUUUGAGAAGGCUUCCCUCACCCUAAGUGAUGUCUCUUUAACAAUUACUGAGGCACAGUAUCAUGAUUGGAUAAAAUUAUUGGAAGUGGUAUCCAGAUACAAGACAUAUGUUGAAGUUUCCCAUUUAAGGCCAGGAGUGUCAGUUUCUCAGGAUCCCAACUUGUGGUGGCAUUAUGCUGCUCAAGCAGGGCUCCAGCAGAAGAAAAUGUGUUACCGAUUUUCAUGGGACCGGAUUCGGCAUCUUUGUCAGCUUCGUCGCCGUUACAUUCAGUUAUAUGCUGCUUCAGUGCAACAUUUGUCGAAUAAUAAUAAUGCAGAAAUUAGAGAAAUUGAAAAGGAUCUUGAUUCUAAAGUUAUUCUUUUGUGGAGGUUACUUGCUCAUGCUAAGGUUGAAUCUCUAAAAUCGAGGGAAGCAGAGGAGCUGAGGAGGUCAACAAAGAAAGGGUGGUUUUCAUUCAGCUGGCGCACACCUUCUGAAGAAGCCGCUGUUGGGGAUACUUCUGAGGGAUCAAAAUUACUGGAGGAAAGACUGACUAAAGAAGAAUGGCAGGCAAUUAAUAAGUUAGUGAGUUACCAGCCGGACGAUGAGUUGACAUCUCACUCUGGAAAGGAUAUGCAGAAUAUGAUCCAGUUUCUAGCUAUUGUGUCUAUUGGUCGUGCUGCUGCCCGGAUCAUUAGCGUAAAUCAGACUGAGAUUGUUUGUGGACGAUUUGAGCAACUUCAAGUGUCAACCAAGUUUAAGCAUCGCAGUACUCACUGUGAUGUGUUAUUGAAGUACUAUGGUUUAUCUGCUCCUGAAGGCUCACUUGCAGAGAGUGUCUACAGUGAGCAGAAGGUGAAUGCAUUGGCUGCUAGUUUUGUACGCUCCCCAGUUGGAGAGAAAGUUGACUGGAGGCUGUCAGCUACAAUUUCUCCCUGCCAUGUGACGGUUUUGAUGGAAAGUUGUGAUCGCUUUCUAGAGUUUGUGAAAAGAAGUAAUGCAGUUAGUCCUACUGUUGCAUUGGAAACUGCAACUGCUUUGCAGAUGAAAAUAGAAAAGGUGACACGUAGGGCACAAGAACAAUUUCAAAUGGUAUUAGAAGAACAAAGCAGAUUUGCUCUUGAUAUCGAUUUUGAUGCUCCAAAAGUUAGAGUUCCUAUCAGAACUCCUGGCUCUUCCAAAUGUGACAGUCAUUUUCUUGUGGAUUUUGGUCAUUUUACACUGCACACCAGGGAUACUGAAAUUGAUGAACAUAGGCAGAACCUAUAUUCUCGCUUUUAUAUAUCUGGAAGAGACAUUGCUGCCUUUUUUACAGAUUGCGCAUCUGAUUGUGAAAGAUGCACUUUGGUUGCAUCAAACUAUCAGCCAAAUGGCUCUCCCAGAUCAGAAAAGGUUGGCAUUUUCUAUUCGCUGAUAGAUAGGUGUGGAAUGGCAGUUCUUGUUGACCAGAUUAAAGUACCUUACCCAAAUUACCCAUCAACUCGCAUCUCUAUUCAAGUGCCAAACCUUGGGGUUCACUUUUCGCCCUCAAGAUAUUGCAGGCUCAUAGACUUAUUAAACAUAUUUUAUGGUACAAUGGAAACAUGUAGUCAGCCUACCGUUGAUAAUGCUCAAGCUUUGUGCACCCUUUGGAGUUCUUCAGAUCUUGCUACUGAUGCUAGAAUCCUUGUCUGGCGGGGGAUUGGCAAUUCUGUGGCUACAUGGCAACCCUGUUUCCUUGUGCUCUCGGGAUUAUAUCUUUAUGUUUUGGAGUCUGAAAAGUCACAGAGUUACCAGCGCUACUCUAGCAUGGCUGGUAGACAAGUGUUUGAGGUUCCUCCAACAAAUAUUGGUGGCUCAUCUUUCUGCAUUGCCAUGAGUCACAGGGGGCUUGACAUUCAGAAGGCUCUGGAAUCUUCUAGUACCUGGAUUGUAGAGUUUCGAGAUGAGGAGGAGAAGGCCAUUUGGUUGAAGCGCCUUGUAAAAGCCACAUAUCAAGCUUCUGAACCUCCAUCAGUUAAUGUGCUUGGAAAAACAAAUGAUCAUGCAUCUGACUUUGCUGAACCUCAGACCCCAAGUAUUAAAACAGCUGAACUUGUCAUUAAUGGGGCAUUGAUGGAAACAAAGUUCUUCUUGUAUGGAAAGACUGGAGAUAAAAUUGAUGACAAGCUUGAUGAAACCCUUAUUAUUGAGGUUCAUGCUGAUGGGGGGAAGGUGCACAUGAGUUGUCGGGAUGGUGAUCUUACUGUCAAGAUGAAGCUGCAUUCUUUAAAAAUUAAAGAUGAGCUUCAAGGUCGUCUAUCAACAGGUCCACAAUAUUUAGCUUGCUCUGUUCAGGGAAGUGAUGAUAUAUUUUCAUCUUCGGGCUCAAUUGACCCUCAUGGGAAGGAGAUGUGCACUGCACCUCACGAGGAUGAUGAUACUUUUACAGAUGCUUUGCCAGAAUUCAUCUCUUUCUCAGAUGCACAAUUUUCAGAUAUUACUGCAUUUGGAACAAUUGGGGAUGUCAGGGAUUCUUCUGAGAUGUUUUAUGAGGCUGAGGGAAGUAAUUAUUCCGAUUUUGUUUCUGUUAUCUUCUUGACAAGGAGUCCUAGUUCACAUGAUUAUGAUGGUAUAGAUACACAGAUGAGUGUUCGCAUGUCCAAGCUAGAAUUCUUCUGUAACAGACCAACGCUUGUUGCUCUAAUUGGUUUUAGCCUGGAUCUAAGCCCAGUGAAUGCAGCAAGUAGUACUGACACACCAACAGUUUCAGAAGAUAAGUCUUUGACAAACAGAGAAAAGAAUGAAGAAAGUCGGCGUGUUAAAGGGUUGCUUGGGUAUGGUAAAGGUCGGGUUGUGUUCUAUUUAAAUAUGAAUGUGGACAGUGUGUCUGUGUUUCUUAACAAGGAGGAUGGUUCUCCCCUUGCAAUGUUGGUGCAAGAAAGUUUCCUGUUGGAUCUUAAGGUCCAUCCGAGUUCUCUUUCCAUUGAAGGAACAUUAGGAAAUUUUAGACUUUGUGAUAUGUCUAUUGGAACGGAGCAUUGUUGGGGUUGGCUUUGUGAUAUACGAAACCCUGGGGUUGAAUCCCUUAUCAAGUUCAAAUUUAAUUCUUAUAGUGCUGAAGAUGAUGAUUAUGACGGUUAUGAUUAUAGCUUGUGUGGUCGACUUUCUGCUGUUCGCAUUGUUUUCCUCUAUAGGUUUGUUCAGGAGAUAACUGCAUAUUUUAUGGAGCUUGCCACCCCACAUACUGAAGAAGCAAUUAAACUCGUUGAUAAAGUUGGAGACUUUGAGUGGUUAAUUCAGAAGUAUGAGAUUGAUGGGGCUACAGCACUAAAGCUGGAUCUCUCACUUGACACUCCAAUGAUAAUUGUUCCUAGGAAUUCUACAAGCAAAGAUUUUAUUCAACUUGAUUUGGACCAGCUGCAAGUUUCCAAUGAAUUUAGUUGGCAUGGUUCUGCAGAGACAGAUCCUUCAGCUGUCCAUAUUGAUGUCCUUCAUGCUGAGAUUUUGGGUAUCAACAUGUCUGUAGGAAUCAACGGUCAUAUUGGUAAGCCAAUGAUACGUGAAGGCAAAGGACUUGAUAUAUAUGUGCGAAGAAGUUUGAGGGAUGUCUUCAAAAAGGUCCCAACAUUGUCUCUGGAAGUGAAGGUUGCUUUAUUGCACGGUGUCAUGUCUGACAAAGAAUAUAAAGUCAUUUUGGAUUGUGUAUACAUGAACUUGUAUGAAGAGCCAAGGCUUCCUCCUAGUUUCCGUGGUGGUAAAUCUGGUUCAAAGGAUACAAUUCGACUGCUGGUUGACAAGGUCAACCUGAAUAGUCAAAUCAUUUUAUCACGUAAUGUGACCAUAAUGGUGGUUAUAGUUGAGCAAGCCCUGUUGGAAUUGUAUAAUGGAAUUCAGGAGUCACCUUUAGCUCAUAUUGCUCUCGAAGGACUUUGGGUGUCAUAUCGGAUGACUUCAUCAUCUGAAACUGAUCUCUAUGUAACCAUUCCAAAAUUUUCUAUUCUUGAUAUUCGCCCUGAUACAAAACCUGAAAUGCGUCUUAUGCUUGGGUCGUCCACAGAUGCUUCUAGACAAGCUACUGGAAAUUUGCCCUUUUCUUCGAAUAGGGGGAGCUUUAGAAGAACAGAAUCUGAGGAUGGUCUUCAUAUGGAUUUACCAAUUUCAACGAUGUUCUUGAUGGAUUACAGAUGGCGGAAAUCUUCUCAAUCAUUCGUAGUUAGGUUUCAGCAGCCACGAGUUCUUGUUGUGCCAGAUUUUCUUGUAGCUGUAGGUGAAUUCUUUGUGCCAGCUUUAAGAACAAUUACUGGAAGAGAGGAAACAAUGGAUCCUAAGAAUGAUCCUCUUACUGGAAACAAUAGCAUAGUACUAUCUGAACCUAUUUACAAACAGAGAGAAGAUGUGGUGCACCUUUCCCCUACUAGGCAGCUAGUUGCAGAUUUUUCAGGUCUUGAUGAAUAUACAUACGAUGGUUGUGGAAAGACUAUCUGUUUAAGUGAGGAAACAGAUGUCAAAGAUUUUGAUUGGUUGAGGUUUCAACCAAUUAUAAUAAUUGGACAUGGAAAGAGGUUGCGGUUUGUUAAUGUUAAAAUUGAGAAUGGCACUCUCUUGAGGAAGUAUACGUACUUGAGUAAUGAUAGCAGCUGCUCAGUAUCCUUCGAUGAUGGUGUAGACAUUGUGUUGCUGGAGACUUCCACAUCAGAUGAUGACAAGGGGAAAGUGGAGUCCAUGCAUGAAUCAUCUGACAAUAUAAGUAUUUCUUCGCAAUGUGAUCCUAAUAGGGUUCCAAGUUUCACUUUUGAGACCCAGGUUGUUUCUCCUGAGUUUACCUUCUACGAUGGUACAAAAUCUUCUCUGGAUGACUCAUCAUAUGGGGAAAAGCUUCUACGUGCAAAAUUGGACUUGAGCUUCAUGUAUGCGUCAAAAGAAAAUGAUACCUGGAUGCGAGCCUUGGUGAAGGAUCUUAGCAUUGAGGCUGGUUCUGGUCUUGUCCUUCUUGACCCAGUGGAUAUUUCAGGGGGAUAUACUUCUGUCAAGGAAAAAACAAAUAUGUCUUUGAUAUCAACCAAUAUAUGCAUCCAUCUUUCUCUUGGUGCCAUUUCUCUGAUACUUAAUUUGCAAAGUCAGGCUUCUGCAGCACUGCAAUUUGGAAAUGCAAUACCAUUGGCUCCCUGUACUCAUUUUGAUCGACUUUGGGUGUCCCCAAAAGAAAAUGGACCCUGUUACAACCUUACAUUUUGGAGGCCUCGAGCUCCUUCGAAUUAUGUCAUAUUGGGGGAUUGUGUAACGUCAAGACCGAUUCCUCCAUCACAAGCAGUAAUGGCAGUGAAUAAUGCAUAUGGGCGUGUACGGAAACCAAUUGGUUUCAAUCUCAUAGGCUUGUUCUCGGACAUUCUAGGAUUUAAUGGAGGUAAGGGCCUUUCUGAUGUUGAUGGUGAUUGUUCUCUUUGGAUGCCUGUUGCCCCACCAGGAUACACAGCAUUGGGGUUUGUAGUAAACAUAGGAAAUCAAGCACCACCAAAUCACAUUGUUUAUUGCAUUCGAUCUGAUCUUGUGACGUCAACAACAUAUUCGGAGUGCAUAUUCAGAUCUCCGUCAAAUCCUCAGUUUGUGUCUGGAUUUAGCAUUUGGCGUUUGGAUAAUGUUCUUGGAUCAUUUUCUGCGCAUUCUUCUACUGAAUGCCCUUCCAAAGGAUAUGGCCUGAAUUACCUUCUUUGGAACUCGUAUAGAAAUCAUUCUUCUACUAAACAAUCUGCCCCCAAUCUGACUUUUGAUAAGGACUAUGGAAGUCAACAUACGAGUAACCAGAGUGCAAAUUCACCUGGAUGGGACAUUAUCAGAUCAAUUUCAAAAGCAACCGGGUGUUAUAUGUCAACCCCUAACUUUGAGAGAAUCUGGUGGGACAAGGGCAGUGAUAUCCGCCGGCCAGUCUCGAUAUGGCGACCCAUUGCACGUCCAGGUUAUGCCAUAUUGGGUGAUUGUUUAACUGAGGGCUUAGAACCACCAGCUCUCGGCAUAAUUUUCAAGGCUGAUAACCCUGAAAUCUCCGCCAAACCCGUGCAAUUUACUAAAGUUUCCCAUAUUGUUGGAAAGGGUUUUGAUGAAGUUUUUUUCUGGUACCCAAUUGCUCCACCUGGUUAUGCUUCUCUUGGAUGCAUGGUCUCCAGAACAGAUGAAGCCCCAAGUUUAGAUAUGCUUUGUUGCCCUAGGAUGGAUCUUGUAAAUCAAGCGAAUAUUCUUGAGACGCCCAUUUCAAGAUCUUCAAGUUCAAGGGCUUCUCAUUGUUGGAGUAUCUGGAAAGUUGAAAAUCAGGCCUGCACUUUUCUUGCACGUGGUGAUCUGAAAAAACCAUCAAGCCGAUUGGCAUACACUAUUGGUGAUUCUGUAAAGCCAAAGACAAGGGAAAACAUAACUGCUGAGGUGAAGCUGCGAUGCUUCUCUCUGACUGUUCUGGACAGCUUAUGCGGAAUGAUGACACCGCUGUUUGACACAACAGUAACAAAUAUUAAGCUUGCAACGCAUGGUGGAUUAGAUGCUAUGAAUGCAGUACUGAUCUCUUCCAUUGCUGCGUCAACCUUCAAUGCUCAAUUAGAAGCAUGGGAACCACUUGUAGAGCCAUUUGAUGGAAUUUUCAAGUUUGAAACUUAUGAUACUAAUUCACAACCACCGAGCAAACUUGGGAAGAGAGUGCGUAUUGCCGCUACCAGUAUUCUAAAUAUAAAUGUCAGUGCUGCUGGUAUUGAAACUUUUGUAGGGGGUUCUCUUUCAUGGAGGCGACAGUUAGAACUUGAACAGAAAGCAAUCAAGCUAAAUGAGGAGGCUACUGGUCAGCGUAGAGAUGGAGGGAACGAAACUUGUUCUGCAUUGGAUGAGGAUGACUUUCAGACACUAGUUGUAGAAAAUAAACUUGGGUGUGAUAUCUAUGUGAAAAAAGUUGAACAAAAUUCAGACAGAGUUGACCAACUGCAUCAUGGUGACUGUGUUUCUGUGUGGAUUCCUCCUCCAAGGUUUUCAGACAGGUUAAAUGUUGCAGAUGAAUCUAGGGAAGCACGUAAUUAUGUUGCUAUACAGAUCCUAGAAGCCAAGGGUUUACCUAUAAUGGAUGACGGUAAUAGCCAUGACUUCUUCUGUGCUUUACGUCUUGUUGUUGAAAAUCAGGCUACAGAUCAGCAAAAGCUUUUUCCUCAAAGUGCAAGAACAAAAUGUGUUAAACCUCUGAUUUCAAAAACUGGUGAUCUGGAUGAAGGCACCGCAAAGUGGAAUGAAUUGUUCAUAUUUGAAGUUCCACGGAAGGGCCAGGCUAAAUUGGAAGUGGAGGUGACAAAUCUUGCAGCGAAGGCUGGAAAAGGGGAAGUUGUUGGUGCACUCUCAUUUUCUGUUGGACAUGGCGUGAGUACGUUGCGAAAGGUUUCUUCAGUAAGGAUGCUCCAUCAGGCCCAUGAAAGUCAGAAUACCAUUUCAUAUCCACUGAAGAGGAAGGUUCAACAUAAUACUUCUGAAGAAUUGCAUGAGUAUGGAUGCCUAUUGGUUUCUAGUUCUUAUUUUGAGAGGAAAUCAACUCCAAAUUUUCAAAGAGAUACAGGAACUAAGAAUGUUGGUGAUAGAGACAUAGGAUUUUGGGUUGGUCCAAGCCCAAAGGGUGGUUGGGAGAGUAUUCGGUCUUUUCUUCCACUGUCAGUGGUGCCCAAAUCAUUACAGAGUGAUUUCAUUGCCAUGGAAGUUGUCAUGAAAAAUGGCAAGAAGCAUGCAAUUUUUAGGAGUCUUGCAACAAUAAUCAAUGAAUCAGAUAUUAUGUUGGAUUUUUCAGUAUGUAAUGUCUCUUUGAUUCAUGGCCACAAUCCCAAUUUAGAAAGCAGGAACAAUGUGGUGGAAGAGAUAUUUCAAAAUCAGUUUUAUAAUGCAUCCUCUGGUUGGGGUAACAAUUGGUCUGGUUUUCGCGGUGAUGAUCCAGGGAAUUGGAGCACCCGAGAUUUCUCACAUUCCUCUAGGGAUUUCUUUGAACCUCCGCUGCCUCCUGGGUGGCGUUGGGCAUCAACUUGGACUAUUGAUAAAUCUCAGUUUGUUGACAAAGAUGGCUGGGCAUAUGGGCCUGAUUUGCACAGUUUGAAAUGGCCUCCAACUUCUUCAAAGUCAUCCACAAAGUCAGCUUUCGACGUUGUACGACGAAGACGUUGGGUUAGAACAAGGCAGCAAAUUCCCAAUCAAGGCAUAAAUAACUUUAAUAGUGAUCUUUCUUCCAUAGGUCCUAGAGAUUCUGCAGUUUUACCAUGGAGAAGUACAUCACGGGAUUCUGACCUAUGCUUACAAGUCCGUCCUUCUGUUGAUCAUUAUCAGCCUCCUUAUUCAUGGGGUUAUGCAGUGGUGGUUGGAAAGGACCAGAUGCUCAUGGAGCAUGCUUCACUCUCUAAACAAUAUUCUUUGAAGCAUGAAAAUAAGUUGUCUGCUUCUAUCUUCAAGUUGAAUCAACUUGAGAAGAAGGAUAUUCUGUUGUGUUGUUCUAGUAAAGGAAGUAAACAAUUUUGGCUUAGCAUUGGAACAGAUGCCUCAAUUCUUCAUACGGAGCUUAAUGCACCUGUUUACGACUGGAAAAUCUCAGUUAACUCUCCUAUGAAGUUGGAAAACCGACUUCCAUGUCCAGCUGAAUUCACAAUCUUGGAGAAAACAAAAGAAGGAAAUUAUGAUGAGGCACAGCAUGGAAAGAUUACUUCACGCGGGAGUGUACAUGUGUAUUCAGCUGAUAUCCGGAAACCUAUUUACCUUACAUUGCUUGUGGAGGGUGGUUGGGUUAUGGAGAAGGGCCCUGUUCUUGUUUUGAACCUAUCUUCCAAUGACCAUGUCUCAUCGUUCUGGAUGGUUCAUCCGCAAAGUAAAAGGAGACUACGUGUGAGAAUUGAACGUGACAUGGGGGGAACUACUGCUGCUCCCAAAACAAUCAGGUUUUUUGUUCCUUAUUGGAUUAUUAAUAAUUCAUCUCUGUCUUUGGCAUAUCGAGUGGUCGAAGUAGAACCCAUGGACAAUGCAGAUAUGGAUUCCCAAAUGCUUUCUAGAGCAGUCAAGUCUGCAAAAAUGGUAUUAAAAAAUCCUUCAAACUCUAUGGAGAGGAGGCAUUCUACGCCAAGGAGAAAUAUUCAAGUUCUUGAAGUAAUUGAGGAUACUAGUCCAACUCCUAGCAUGCUUUCUCCACAAGAUAAUGCAGGCCGCAGUGGGGUUAUGUUGUUUCAAUCUCAAAAAGAUGCAUAUGUGUCUCCACGGGUGGGUAUUUCUGUUGCGUUACAUCAUUCAGAAAUCUACAGUCCUGGGAUUUCUCUUCUUGAGCUGGAAAACAAGGAGCGCGUUGAUGUCAAAGCAUUCGGUUCAGAUGGAUCUUACUACAAGCUUUCAGCCCGAUUGAACAUGACCUCAGAUAGAACAAAGGUUGUCCAUCUUCAGCCCCAUGCCCUGUUUAUAAAUAGGUUUGGUUACAGCCUUUGCCUGCAGCAGUGUGAUACUCAGUCAAUGACAUGGAUUCAUCCCACAGACUAUGCCAAACCCUUCUGUUGGCAGUCUUCUUCCAAAGUUGAGCUCCUGAAGCUGCGAGUUAAUGGGUAUAAAUGGAGUACUACAUUUAGUGUUUGCCAUGAAGGUGUUAUGAGAAUUUGCUUGAGGAAAGAUAUUGGUGAUGAUCAAUUGCAAUUAAGAAUAGCGGUAAGAAGUGGAGCAAAAAACUCGAGCUAUGAAGUUAUUUUCCGUCCAAACUCAUCGUCAAGUCCGUACAGGAUUGAAAACCGUUCCAUGUUUUUACCCAUUCGUUUCCGGCAAGUAGAUGGUUCCAAUGAUUCAUGGCAGUUUCUCUUUCCUAAUUCAGCUGCUUCUUUUCUAUGGGAAGAUCUUGGUAGAAGACAGCUAUUGGAACUCCUACCAGAUGGGACCGAUCCAAUGAAAUCACUGAAGUAUGAUAUUGAUGAAAUCACUGAUCAUCAGCCCAUUCAUGUGGCUACUGGAGCUUCUAGAGCUCUACGUGUUACCAUACUAAAAGAAGAAAAAACAAAUGUUGUUAAGAUCAGUGACUGGAUGCCAGAUAGUGAACCCAUUAGAACAUUGAGCAGAAAAGAUUCAUCUAUGUCUCAGCUUUCUAUUAAGGACCCAGAACAUCAACCGACACAAUCCAUCUCAGGAUGUGAAUUUCAUGUCAUUGUAGAACUUGCUGAGUUGGGAUUAUCAAUUAUUGACCAUACACCUGAGGAAAUCCUGUACCUGUCAGUUCAGAAUCUUUUUCUUGCAUAUUCAACUGGCUUGGGCUCUGGUAUCAGUCGAUUCAAACUAAGAAUGCAUGGGUUACAAGUGGACAACCAGUUGCCAUUAACUCCAACACCAGUUCUUUUUAGACCACAGAAAGUUGGUGACGAGACAGAAUAUGUCUUGAAAUUUUCUAUGACAAUGCAAUCAAAUGGGUCUGUGGAUCUACGUGUUUAUCCAUUCAUUGGUUUCCAAGGACCCGAAAGUUCAGCAUUUCUUAUAAACAUUCAUGAACCUAUUAUCUGGCGUCUUCAUGAAAUGAUCCAGCAGGUCAACCUUAGUCGCUUACAAGAAACUCAAACAACUGUUGUUUCAGUUGAUCCAAUAAUCGAAAUUGGUGUUCUUAGCAUCUCGGAAGUUCGAUUAAAAGUGUCAAUGGCCAUGUCACCCAGUCAACGGCCAAGGGGAGUACUUGGCUUUUGGGCAUCCUUGAUGACUGCACUGGGGAACACCGAGAAUAUGCAAGUAAGAAUUAAUCAAAGGUUUCAUGAGAAUGUUUGCAUGAGGCAAAGUUCUAUGAUAAGUUUUGCUAUUUCAAACAUUCGGAAAGAUCUACUAGGGCAACCUCUUCAGUUGCUUUCGGGUGUUGAUAUAUUGGGUAAUGCAAGCAGUGCACUUGGACAUAUGAGCAAGGGCAUGGCUGCUUUGUCAAUGGAUAAGAAAUUCAUCCAAAGCCGGCAGAGACAGGAAAACAAGGGUGUAGAGGCCUUUGGUGAUGUUAUUAGAGAGGGAGGUGGAGCACUAGCAAAAGGUCUGUUCAGAGGAGUCACUGGAAUAUUGACAAAACCUCUUGAAGGUGCAAAGAGCUCUGGUGUUGAGGGUUUUGUUCAAGGUGUUGGUAAAGGAAUAAUUGGUGCAGCUGCACAACCAGUUAGUGGGGUUUUGGAUCUUUUGUCAAAAACCACUGAAGGGGCGAAUGCUAUGAGAAUGAAGAUAGCUGCAGCAAUAACUUCUGAUGAACAACUCCUCCGCAGGAGAUUUCCCCGCGUUGUUGGUGGUGAUAAUUUACUCCGGCCUUACGAUGAAUACAAAGCACAGGGACAGGUUAUAUUGCAGUUGGCAGAAUCAGGUUCAUUUUUCAGCCAGGUUGAUCUAUUUAAAGUGCGUGGAAAAUUUGCCUUGUCAGAUGCUUAUGAAGACCAUUUUCUACUCCCAAAAGGAAAAAUUCUUGCCGUCACUCAUCGGAGAGCAAUAUUAUUGCAGCAACCCUCCCACAUUAUUGCUCAGAGGAAAUUCAGUCCAGCAAGGGAUCCAUGUUCGAUAAUGUGGGAUGUCCUGUGGGAUGACCUGGCAACAAUGGAAUUGACACAUGGAAAAAAGGACCAGCCAAGAAGUCCACCUUCACGUCUCAUUCUCUAUCUACGGUCUACAGAGUUGAAAGAACAAGUACGUGUUAUAAAAUGCAUUCCUGAAACCCACCAGUCUCUUGAAGUUUACUCUUCAAUUGAGCAAGCAAUGUACACUUACGGACCAAACCAAUCAAAGGGACUGCUGAAAAAGAAAGUAACAAAACCAUAUUCACCGAUUGCUGAUGAUCCUAGUGCUGAAGUUGUACCAAAAGAAGGGAUGGGGGUUUGGUCUCCCCAACAGUUGCCUCCUUUAGUUCCUCAAAGUUCGACUUUCGGGAGCCGAAGUCAUGGCUAGUGCAAAAUUCUGUGUCUUGGCUUUUUACUGUCAAUCAUCAUAUCAUAAGGUCCAGAUGUUUAGAUUCUUUUCAGGACUAAAGCCUACCUUUUUCUUGGUGAACGAGUCAAUUGUUUUGAGUUCUGUAUUAUUUCUUUUUUCCUUUCCAUAGAAAAUUAGUCAGAGUUCAGUAAUUCCAUUAAAAACCAGUUUGAGGGAUCAGCAACCCUAGCACGUGUUAAAGAUUACAACAACGCCGAGAUUGUUUUGAUCCAGAUGGUUGUUUAACAGAUGCGACUCGGUGGACCGACCAACAUCUUUGAACAUGGACCAUAGCCGCAAAUGCACAUUGGUAUGAUGUAAAUAUGAAGCUCUUAUAGAGAAGUCAACUCGGUGAUUUAUUUUUCAGUCUCCCAAGACUUUGUACAGAUUUUGACAUUCGUUGUAUAUACUUCAAAAGUAUGUAGUUAAUAAUAUAUGUACAAUUUUCAAAA